AUGUCAUCCGAAUCAGUUUUAAGCAAUGUUACUCGUAUUUGGAAGUCUGCUAAAACAACAGUUUAUCGACAUUUGACUGCGCUUAAAACACCAAUGAUGCUGAAAAUGGCGAAAGAAUACUUCAACUGUCACGAACUUGACGGUGUUGAACUUGAUAACAACGAUCAAGUGUAUGCUAGAGGUCAUCUUGAAAAAAGGCUAAUUGAUAAUGAAUUAAUGACACCUCUCCUUUCAUCACGUUCAUAUAUAUCGAAAAUCACACUUGGAUUUUUCGAAGACACUGGAUGGUACCGUGUGGAUUAUUCAAAAGCUAAUCCAAUGGGAUAUGGUAAACAUCUUGGUUGUAAUUUCGUUAUGAAAAGUUGUUAUGAGUAUAUGCAAAUUCAACGAGAAAGAAGACAAUGUUUUUACCCAUACUGUGAUCAAAUAAGCUUCAGUAACACUCUCUGUCUAAAGCAUGAAAAUGCAUAUGGUUUCUGCGAUCUGAAGCAAUAUUAUUCGCCUCUGCCACUUGAAUUUCAGUACUUUGAUAAUCCAAGACUUGGUGCAGCUGACCGUUACCGAGAUUAUUGUCCAGCCUAUGUGCCAUUUACUGGGACGAGAAAUAUUUAUUCAUACUGCAAUACUCCCGAAAAACAGUCUGAAGUUCACGAAAACAAAAACUACAUGCUUCAUUACUUUGGUAAAUCUUCUAUGUGCAUAAACCAUGACAGUACCAGACACUGGCAAGUGUCUAAACAACAUGAACUUUUCGAGGAAACUUCACCCAAAUCUUCAUGCAUGAGUCAUAUAUGUUCUGAGAUUGAAGGAUUGAUUUUGAUUCUUGAAAAUAAAGAACUCGUUUGUCCUAUUAAAGGUAAAUACAUUGAUUUCAGUCUAAGAGGAAAGUACUUCGAUAUUAACGGUUCAAUCAUUUGUCCACCAUGUAGAGAUAUUUGCAAAGUACGUUGUUUUAAAUUUUUAAUUUUAUCGUAUAAUAAAUGA